GAAUGUGGCCGUGCGCGUCCCAGCUUUUUACUGUCAGCGCCGCUAUUCACCUAGUGCUGUGCUGCUCGUGCUCACUCUUCUUCCAGUCUCCGUGUGUGUUUUUUUUUUCUCUCUCUACACUUCAGGAUUCCCAGCGUGCUUCACACUCCACCGCAACCACCGAGCGACCACCACACACAUCAUGGCCUCUGGUGUAACAGUUCAUGAUAAUGUCAUCAAGGUUUUCAAUGACAUGAAAGUAAGAAAAUCUUCGACACCUGAAGAGAUCAAAAAAAGAAAGAAGGCAGUUCUGUUCUGCUUGAGUCCGGACAGAAAGCAAAUAGUUGUAGAGGAAGAUAAGCAAAUUUUGGUUGGGGAUAUUGGAGACACCAUUGAAGACCCUUAUGGAUCCUUUGUAAAUUUACUUCCUCUCCAUGACUGCCGAUAUGCUUUGUAUGAUGCAACUUACGAAACAAGGGAAUCUAAGAAAGAAGAUUUGGUGUUUAUAUUUUGGGCUCCUGAAAGUGCACCACUUAAAAGCAAGAUGAUAUAUGCUAGUUCUAAAGAUGCAAUUAAAAAGAAAUUCACAGGUAUUAAACAUGAAUGGCAGGUUAAUGGCUACGAUGAUAUUAAGGAUCGUUCAACACUUGCAGAAAAACUGGGAGGUACUGUGGUAAUAUCGCUUGAAGGAGUCCCUUUGUAAAAAUGACAGAAGUGCCAUCUGGAUCCAAGGAGCUUCCAUUUAUACAGCUCUGAUAUAAUUUUGGAAAGUUUAGUCACCCUUGCCCCACACACAAGAAGAAAAGUUGAACGGCCUAUCAGAGAUUGCCAUUGGACUGUUAUAUCAUGGUAACUUUUAUGUAGAUAGUCAAGGGAUGCUUUGACAUUGACUACAUUUGACCCAAACUGCUGACUACACAUGCGUUCCUCUUUACAUGAUGUACAGUUUAAUGUUUGCAGCUUAGAACACAGAAGGGUAAUUCCUUGAAUGUGUUGUCCAUGGGUCAGAUGGUAACCUUUCAUAUUCAGUAUUAGUCCUACAGUUGCACUUGGUUGCAUUUCAUUGAGGCUCUUGUGCAUUUGUCCACCUCACUUUUUUUUUUUUUUUUUUUUUUUUUUUGUGACCUGGCAGCAUAUGACGUACACUAUGCAUUAAAAGCACUUUUUUGUAAUUGUAUUUAACACCUCAGUAAGGAAUGCCAAUUAAGUUGUAGUUGUCUCCUACUGUGUUCAUUCCUUUCAUGUGCAGACUCUUUUAAAUAGUUUAAUUGUUGCCUUCUCAUUUAAAUGUACACUGACACUGCUGAACAGGAAUAGGCAUUAAUGUUCAUCUUGUUAUAUUUUUAUUGCAACACUAAGGACAUCAUUGUGAUGGCAUUUUCUGUAUAAAGAGCCUUUAAAUGGAA